AUGGGCGAUGGUGCGGAGGGAUCUGAUAUUGUGGCCCACAAUGAUAUUUUGUCUUCGCCUUCGAAGCGAGUUGCGUGCGGCCUGGUGAGAAGUAAUGGAUCUGCUCAACAGACGCCUAUUAAGGAUUUGCAAAGGAAGAAAAGGGAAGUAAGCAGGAAGGCAUUGUUGGAAAAGAUUCAGAAAGCAGCGAAGAGAGAAGAGGAAGGCGAAAAGGGCAAGGAAGAUCAUAUCGAAUUGAGAAAUGAAAAGCGAAGACGACUUGUAUCGCCAUGCAAGAGAAAGGAGACAGUGUUAUCAGAUCAGUUGGAGGAUUCGCCUUUAGUUUACCAGGGUGAUUUGGUAACUGAAGCAAAACCGGAGGCUCUAGAGCCUGCUAGAUCGCCAGAUUUUCCAAGGCUUCCAUCGGAACCAGAUCUCGAGGUGGAUGUGGAACUGACUGAUCCAUUGUCCACCCCAUCAAAAAAAGCUGCUAUAAGCAAGACUUUUGAUCAUGAUUUUACAUCACCGCUGAAGAAAGUGAUCUUGGACAAUUUGCAGGAGUACAAGGACACAGCAUCCUCGCAAUCGUUAAAAUUAAGCCGAAAUUUUACUCCAACACCGCUUCCGACGAACCAGGAACGGUUCAGACAGCAUUCAGAAAAAUCAGUCUCGUCAUUUUUCGAUACGUACGAAGGCUAUUUCGAUCAGAGAAAGGCCGUUAGAGGUUCCAAGAAAUCCAAGAAUACGAUGAGCAUGGCGACUGAAUUGACGAGAGAAGAGUUUGCAUUAAUAUCGAAUGUCUUUCACAGUUAUCUUCACAGAAAGGCGCGUUCCGAACUAUUUGAAAUACAGAAAAAGAUGUUCCCGCAAUUCUGGCUAGAAUUGCUGCAGGGAUUUUCGUUGCUCUUCUAUGGGAUGGGAUCGAAACGUGAAUUUAUCGAAAAGUUUGCCUUCGAGUAUUUAGUGCCGCGGCUGGCAUACUCGCAGAUGGAAAAGCAUCGUGAGGCGAACCCAGAGACGUCACUCGAUGUUAAUGAUUACAACAUACCUUGCAUCGUCAUUAAUGGCUACAACCCAACUUGUAAUUACAGAGAUGUGUUUAAGGACAUCUCAGCUGCAAUACUGCCUGAGGAACUGAGCAGAAAUGAGACCAAGUACUGGGGAAACCAUGUACUAUUGCAUAUCCAGAAAAUGAUCGAAAUUUACAAGAAUGAACCGCCCGACAUCAAAGUGGUCAUCAUUGUGCAUAAUCUCGACGGCCCCAGUUUGAGAAAGGACUCCUUUCAAACCAUGCUGUGCUACCUAGCGCUGAUCAGACAAGUUGCGAUCGUCGGCUCGACUGAUCACAUCUAUGCUCCGAUCCUCUGGGAUAAUUUCAAAGCGCAGAACUAUAACUUUGUAUUCCACGAUAUUACCAAUUACGAGCCCUUCACCGUGGAAUCGUCUUUCCGAGACGUUAUGAGGAUGGGUAAAAACGACUCUGCCAGCGGUGCAGAAGGUGCCAGGUAUGUCCUGGAGUCCCUCACCAUCAACUCCAAGAAAAUGUACAAGCUACUGGUUGAGACGCAGAUCAACAACAUGGAAAAAUCUUCAAACACCAAAGGAAAAGUGGCUCCGACGAAACGCGGUAUUCCUACUGUGGGAAUCGAAUUCAAGCAAUUUCUGCAUCUAUGCGCAGCUGAAUUUAUAGCCUCCAAUGAGCUUUCUCUCAGAAGCAUGCUUACAGAGUUCGUCGAGCACAAAAUGGCCAGCAUAUCGAAAAACCCAGCGGGAACCGAGCACGUAUGGGUGCCAUAUAAUUACUCUGAGAUGACUAAACUGCUGGCUGGAGCGCUUAAAGAAAUAUAG